AUGCACUGGUUAAUCAUUUCAUCACUUUUCACGGUGACAUUGGUCGAAUACACGUCUGAAGCCCUCGCUAUUGACGUCAGUCGAGGUGUCGCGCCAUGUGCGUUCCUCAACAUUGACUAUAUUAGUCGCAACCACUACAGAACUUCGAUAUUUCAGGUCGGUGGUAGGCUGACCCGCGAGCUCUAUAAAACGCUGCGUCGUCGUAUCAUACAAGGUAGCGAGACCACAUACAAGCAAAGAGAAAGCACAGAAAGCCAUAAGAUUACGGCAUUUGACGGCAAGUUAUUGGGCCCCAAAACGUGUUACAACAUUUAUUUGGCUCUAGACAACCGGCCCGCGGAUGAGAUAAAACGGCGAUUCCAGCUGAUUGCGCAAAAUUUGAUCAAAGUAGGGGCGGAGCACACCAACGUAUACUAUUACGGACUUAAAAAGUUGGCUCAGCCGUUGAACAAGAAACACGAGGCAUGUUUCAUUUCUUUCGAAUUGGAUAUCUACCCUAGUCUCAUACAACACAUACGCAAAAAACUCUGCCAGGAAGAGCACGUGUUGCGCGUACUAGUACUCCGGGAUUCACAAGCAGACAAGUCUAGACGUGGAUUCAUAAUGUCCAAUAUAAAAUCGUUCGGCGACUACGUGGAGGAUCGGGCUGAACAAUCAUACAGUUAUGCUGGUGGUCGUAAUAGCGCUUUAGGUGUGGAGGAGGACGGCCACACGGUGCAUCUGUAUUCUGGAGGAUUUACGGUAGACGAUGGACCAUUCAGAUCGCUUAGUGAGCCGGAGAAUGCGUUAUUCCUAUCGGCUGUAAGAAAUGGAGUAGCACCACCGGAGUUCCAGGAGCACGGAAAAGACGUGCAUGUUUACUUGAUUGAUGAAUCACACCGCACAUACAGCCCCCCACAAUCGCAGUCAAACCUAUCAACUACGAAAACCACCGGAGCCGCACUUCCAGUGCAAGAGAUUUGCAUCGGUACCAACGCAGGAAAUGUGACGACACUUCGCGUCAAACUUUUUGAUCAUCGUCAAAUAAAUUUGAAGGUAUCUCCAGAUAUAACAAUAGGAGAGCUGAGGUCAAUAAUGUCAGAUAAGAGUGGUUUAUCUAGCUCAUCUUUUCGCUUAAUGUACGGGUUUCCGCCACGCGAAUUGAUUGCCAACGAUUCGGACACGCUCAAAGAAAAAGAUCUUUUAGGUUGCGCCAUUUUCCAGCACAUGAUAAUAUGA